UUUGCUGUUAUUCCUUACAUACAGGGUGUUACUGGACCCAUCAAGAGAAUUUUGAAUAGCCACAACGUUAAAGUUGCUCAAAAACCUUUUCAGACUUUGGGGCAUGUUUUCGCCAAACCUAAGGAUCCUGUCGCAAAAGAACAACGAACCGACGCCAUUUAUUCUAUUCCUUGCAAUGACUGUGACAACGACUACAUCGGACAGACCAAACGCCAGUUUGGCACACGGUUAAAAGAGCACCAAAAAGCGGUUUUUCUUUGCAAAAAGGAAAAUUCAGCUUUAUCGGAGCAUACUUGCCUAACCAACCAUACAAUUGGGUGGGAUAAUUCUAAAAUUAUCACCACUAAUCGGUGUUACCACCAGCGCCUUUGUUUGGAGGCUUGGCACAUUAACUCCGCCCACGCUCCUUUAAAUCGUGACGAUGGCGGUCUGCUUCCUGACGCCUAUUUACACCUCGUCAGAAAAAAAGGCCGCUAA